AUGGCUGUCAAGGAGCUUUUGGUUUCGUUCCUAGCAACCAUAGUUGCGUACUUCGUCUUCAAGAUCUUCAUGUUCCUCUACGCGGAAUGGACUUCGCCUCUGCACGUCCUUUACGGCCCUCCAAGCACGAGUUUCAUUUACGGCAACAUUAAGGAGAUAUCGGAUGCCGAGAACUCGGUGCUUCAUGAGAAGUGGGUGGAGGAGUAUGGUCCAACACUCAAGUACAAGGCUUUCUUUGGGAUGAACCGUCUGUACACCACUGACCCGAAAGCCCUGAAUCACAUUCUCAUGGACAGCAUGAUCUAUCAGAAGCCUGAAGCAGCUCGGUAUAACCUCAGUCGAAUUUUGGGAAACGGUGUUCUGGUCGUCGAGGGCGAUAAGCAUAGGCAGCAGAGGAGGAUUAUGAAUCCUGCCUUUGGUCCUGCACAAACGCGAGAAUUGACCUCAAUAUUCAUCGAGAAAUCCAUCGAAUUGCGAGAUAUCUGGGCCACGGAAAUCAAGAAGCCUGAAGUCAAGAAAAUCAAUGUGCUCUCGUGGUUGAGUCGGAUGACGUUGGAUGUAAUUGGACUAGCUGGCUUCGACUACAAGUUCGACGCGUUGACGACGGACCCCAAGAAGAACGAACUUAAUCGAGCGUUUUCAGUCCUCUUCACGCCUGGAAACAGGAUGGCUCUGCUGCCUCUGAUCAAAACCAUGGUUCCGGCGUUACGACCAAUUCUGAAAUACAUACCAGAGGAAAGAGGAGACGAAAUCAGAGUCGCCAGCGAGACCAUGAAUCGAAUCGGAACUGAACUACUGCGAGACAGCAAAGCCGCCAUUUAUUCAGAAAACGGCAAGGUUGAUAAAUUCUCGUGGAAGGGCAAGGAUUUGUUGUCGUUGCUGGUUAGAGCGAAUAUGGCGACAGACUUGCCUCCGAGCCAGCGAAUGACGGACGAGGACGUUGUAGCUCAGGUGCCGACGUUCCUAGUAGCUGGACAUGAAACAACGAGCACUGCUACGACCUGGGCCCUCUAUGCCCUUUCUCUGCGGCCCGACGUGCAAACUAAAUUGCGAAACGAACUCCUUGCUGUCGGUACCGAUAACCCGACAAUGGACGAGCUCAACGCUCUGUUCUACCUCGACAUGGUCGUCCGCGAGACGCUCCGUGUGCACGCCCCCGUUCCAUCGACGAUUCGUGUUGCCGUCGAGGACGACAUCCUACCGCUCAGCAUUCCGAUCACCGCGAAGGAUGGCAGCGUGCUACGAGAGAUUCGUGGCGAGGACAUCUGGGGCGAGGACGCGAUGGAGUUCAAGCCCGAGAGAUGGGAGAAGGUCCCGGAGGCUGCCACGGCGAUUCCCGGUGUAUGGGGCAACAUGCUGACUUUCCUCGGCGGUCCUCGAGCUUGCAUCGGGUAUCGGUUCUCGCUUGUCGAGACGAAAGCGAUACUUUUUACUCUCGUAAGAGCAUUCGAAUUCGAACUGGCAGUACCCGCGGACGACAUCAUCAAGAAGGCCACCCUUGUUCAGCGACCUAUGCUGAAAUCGGACCUCAACGCUGGCAAUCAAAUGCCCUUGAGACUGAAGCCUGUUCAGCGCACUUGA